AUGUUUGAGCUUCACCUCCGACCCCACUAUCAAAUUCUGCUUGAAGGACAAAUUGCCACGUUCUACCAUCAGCCUUUGUGUGUACUCAUUUGCAUGCUCGUGCGGAGCAUCAUAAGUUGGUCGUGCGACAAGGCAUUUGUCGGACGGGAUGCAAGAACACAAUCCCGAGCAAUCCUUCACCAUCAUAUACCGGGUACCUCUGAACCGAUCACGACUGGUAUCAUCCAGACUAUUAUCGAUCGCAGAGGCGAUUGGAAUCCGACUGCUGAAUCCGCAAAUUUGCAUCCAAAAGAAACUUGUGCGACCUCUGGAUUUGAACUGGCCUACGAAACAUCCGGUCCCACAGUCUAUCCAACAUUGACCGCCAACACUGAUAUCCAUGUCUUUGAUGAUGAUGAUGAUGAUGACGAUGAUGAUGAUUUGGAUGAUGAUGACGAUGAUGAUGAUGAUGGUGAUGAUGAUGAUGAUGAUGAUGAUGAUGAUGAUACAACAAAACAUCUACGUAGUAAAGCC